UGAACCUCUUUCUCACUGGGAGGCUCAGCAGUGCUGUCCCUGCCUUAGGCACCAACUGCAGCUGGUACAUUCAGGGUGACCGCGGUGACAUGAUCACCAUCAGUUUCCGAAACUUUGACGUGGAGGAGUCUCACCAGUGCUCCCUGGACUGGCUGCUGCUGGGCCCGGCAGCUCCACCUCCCCAGGUGGCUUUUCGCCUCUGUGGCUCAGCCAUCCCGCCCGCCUUCAUCUCGGCCCGUGACCAUGUCUGGAUCUUCUUUCACUCAGACGCCUCCAGCUCCGGCCAGGCCCAGGGCUUCCGCCUCUCCUAUAUCCGAGGAAAGCUGGGCCAGGCAUCCUGUCAGACAGAUGAGUUCCGUUGUGACAACGGCAAGUGCCUGCCUGGUCCUUGGCAGUGCAACGCGGUGGAUGAGUGUGGAGACGGCUCGGAUGAGGGUAACUGUUCAGCCCCUGCCUCGGAGCCACCAGGCAGCUUGUGCCCGGGGGGCACCUUCCCGUGCAGUGGAGCUCGCUCCACACGCUGCCUGCCGGUUGAGAGGCGCUGUGACGGGACCCAGGACUGUGGCGAUGGGUCUGACGAGGCUGGCUGCCCCGACCUAGCAUGUGGCCGGAGGCUGGGCAGCUUCUAUGGUUCCUUCGCCUCCCCAGACCUGUUCGGCGCUGCCCGCGGGCCUUCGGACCUUCACUGCACAUGGCUGGUGGACACCCAGGACACUCGCCGUGUGUUACUGCAGCUGGAGCUACGGCUGGGUUACGAUGACUAUGUGCAAGUGUAUGAGGGGCUGGGCGAGCGGCCGCGAUGAACAGGGCUGCCCAGCGUGCCCUCCAGACCAGUAUCCCUGCGAGGGUGGCAGCGGCCUGUGCUAUGCACCUGCGGAUCGUUGCAACAACCAGAAAAGUUGCCCCGAUGGCGCCGAUGAGAAGAACUGCUUUUCCUGCCAGCCGGGCACCUUCCACUGUGGCACCAACCUGUGCAUCUUUGAGACAUGGCGCUGCGAUGGCCAGGAGGACUGCCAAGACGGCAGUGAUGAGCACCCCUGGCUGGCCGCCGUGCCCCGCAAGGUCAUCACCGCCGCCCUCAUUGGCAGCCUGGUGUGCGGAUUGCUGCUGGUCAUCGCCCUAGGCUGUGCCUUCAAACUCUACUCCCUGCGCACGCAGGAGUACAGGGCCUUUGAGACCCAAAUGACACGUUUAGAGGCAGAGUUUGUGCCUAUAGCUCUGGUGGGCAUCCUGGCAGGGGCUUAGGGGCCCGUUCCUUGGCCUGGGAAGGAGGGUGGAGUGAAGACCACCUUUGAGGUCUCAGAGAGCACAGCCCCUUGGAUGCUCCUGUCGAAUUGCUCUUUGCAAUUCUAAUCUGGGGAUUCGUUUCUAUAAAAGCAGGGGGAGCCAGAACCAGGCUUUCUGCUAUCUUUCUGUGUCCACUCACCCCACAGUGGUACCAGCUGCCCAUCCCAGAACUCUGCCAGGAGCUGUAGUUGAGGCCUGAAAAGGUCCCGGGGGGUGUUGGACCUCAGUCACGGUGAGUGCUCUUUCCACCCUUCCCCACAGUGCCCCUGGGGGAGAUGGGCUAAUGGCUUCUGUCCCAUUCUCAUGCCUGUGGCAUCAGCAUGGACCUGGCUAGGCUAGGGCCCUUUGCCCACUGGCUUCUGGGUCAGUCCGUAAGCAUAACGGUAAGACUGGAAACAUGAGAGAGGACGAUCAUGAGAAAGGCCAUGUAUGCUUUCUCGAGAUACAGAAGCCAAGUGGCAAUGGUAACAUCCAUCCUGUCCUGCCUCAGAGCCUCAGUUUCCCCACCACCAUCAGAAGUAGUAGCAUUCACUCUGGUGACUUAUGGGAAGGACAGUCCCAGCUGGAAAUUUGGGGGUUCUUCUGGGGGGCUGAGCUCAAGGUGGCAUGGAGGGUCGCAGAUGGAGUCUUGCUGUCUCCCGUGGGCCCCAUGGAGUCAGCCUCAGGUUCCAGCUGCAAAACCUACCAGAAGACCUCUUGCACAGUACCUUCCCCUCUAGCAACCAACACUCCAUGCUGAGGCAUGUCCCCAUGGACUCCCCUUGCACACAGCGACAACCAGCCCUGUUUAUUCACAGGCUUUUCAGGAGAAGGUAGCAGGGCACUGCUAAGGCAGGAAGCACGACCCCAGUGGCUGGUCCCUCACAGUAGGCCUCUAAGGGUCGGAUCUCUCUCUCUCUCUUUUUCCAGAAAAAAAAAAAAGUUUUUUGAAAACAAAACAAAACACAAAACCCUCCUCAAUAAACAACAUGUAAA